AAGUGAGAAGUUUUUUUUGCUGGAAGUGUUUUUCUUUUUUUUACAACUUGCUAUGGUGAAAUCUCUGUGUGGUCCUCUUUGAAGCAGAACGAAGGAGAAAACCUUUUGGAAAAAUUAUAUAAUCUAUUUCUGCUGCCCACAGAGAGAGAGGUCUUUGAACGGCGACACGUCACCGAAACGAAAACCUUUAAAUUUCUCGUAGCAACAACAGAUCGAAGCUCAACGAACCGUCAAGUUAAUAGUCAAUCAUUAACAUUUUGAUAAUAGCACAUGGAUGUCGACGUAAAUGCUCUUCACGAUCCAGUGGAUCUCGCUGGUGUUGAUGCAAGUUUGGAAAAUAUGGGGCUAGGAGCAAUGAUCAUUCAAAUCAUUUCUUGGAUUUCCUCGGCCGCCAUGAUCUUUGGCGGAGUUGUUCCGUAUGUGCCGCAGUAUUGGGACAUUUUACAGUCUCGUGAUGCAGAAGGCUUCUCUAUGCAUGUGUGCUUAGCUCUACUUGUCGCCAAUGUGCUUAGGAUAUUCUUUUGGUUUGGUCGUCGUUUUGAACUGCCAUUAUUAGUCCAGAGCUUUAUAAUGAUUGGUGCGAUGCUGAUGAUGUUACAGCUCUGCACUAAAAUUAGAAGAGAGAGUGACAUGAGUGCAAGAAAAAGAUCAUUUCUUGAUUUUCACAGAAGACACUUCUGGGAUUGGACACAGUUUUCUGAUUAUGUGUUGUGUGUGCUGAUUUUUGUAGCGGUUGGUGGUUAUGUUACCUACUUGUUCCUCAGCUUUCCGACUUUUGUAGAACUCAUAGGAUUCUUAGCAGUGUUCACAGAAGCUAUGCUUGGAGCUCCUCAAUUCUACCGAAAUCAUGUGAAUCAAUCUACAGUAGGAAUGAGUGUGAAAAUGGUGGUGAUGUGGCUCUCAGGAGAUGUUUUCAAAACUUGUUACUUCAUUGUCAAGGUUGCACCUGUCCAGUUUUGGAUAUGCGGAAUGCUUCAGAUAUCAAUUGACAUUGCUAUACUUUUUCAAGUCUACAAGUACGGAACACAAGAAAGAACUCAUUUAAGAUAACAUUUAAAGCGUAUUACCAUGUUCUGCAAAUUUAUUUAUAUUGAAUAAAUCGUCAACAUAAAGGGCUUUCAGUUAUUUAUAUAGAUCUCAGAGAUGAUCUAGUGCUCUAGAGUUUUAAAGUGAUGACGUCACAAAAAUAAAAUUUUUGAAAUUAUGGGAUAUGAUGUCAUAUUCUUAUAGAGGAUCCUAAA